GUCAGGAGCGUUUUGGGAACAUGACGAGGGUCUACUACCGUGAAGCCAUGGGGGCGUUCAUCGUUUUUGACAUGACGCGGCCUUCCUCCUUCGAAGCCGUCACCAAGUGGAAGGAGGACCUGGACUCUAAACUCACACUGGCCAAUGGGAAAAAUGUGGCCGCUGUGCUACUGGCUAAUAAGUGCGACCAGGGGCGGGACGUGCUGACCAACAACAGGAUCCAGAUGGAGAAGUUCUGUCUGGAGAAUGGCUUUGUGGGAUGGUACGAGACAUCUGCCAAGGAGAAUAUGAAUAUAGAUGAAGCAGCCAACUGUCUGGUGAAGCACAUCAUCGCCAACGAGAAUGAUAUCAUCCAAUCAGAAGUCCCUGACACCGUCUCUCCACAAUUAAACUCUGACAGGGGUGGGACAUGUUCCUCCUGUUUCAAAUCAUAGAACAGCUCCACCACCAUCACUACACACACCACCAUCACUACACACACCACCAUCAAUACACACCACCACCAUCACUACACACCACCACCAUCACU